AUGUCCGACGACGCGGCUGCCAGCGCAACCGCGCAGGACCCGUCCCUCGCUGCAGAGGGCGCUGCACAGGCCAAUGCGCUUGACCAAGACACCGCCAUGCUCGACGAACCGCCUGCCAAGGAGUCGUCGCGCGAGCCCUCGGCCGCCACGCCCGCCCCCGCCUCCGACAACCCCCUCGAUGCCCCCGACGGCCCGCGACCUGACGCCGAGGAUGCCGACGGCCACGACGACGAGGACAUGGGCGGCCUCGACGACGCCAAGAAGGAAAAGGACCCCGACGCGGCUGGAGCUGAGGCGGACGCUGACGCCGAAGCUGACGCCGCAGACCCCGAGGCCGCCGCAAAGGCCGACCUGCAGGCCGCCGCGCGCUCGCACUUUGUCGCCCAGACGUACGCCACCAUCAUCCCCAGCUACGCCACCUGGUUCGACAUGCGCUACAUCGACUACCGCGAGCGCAAGGCCCUGCCCGAGUUCUUCAACGGCCGCAAUCGCAGCAAGACGCCCGCCGUCUACCGCGACUACCGCGACUUCAUGAUCAACACGUACCGCCUGAACCCCUCCGAGUACCUGACCGUCACCGCCUGCAGGCGCAACCUGGCCGGAGACGUCUGCGCCAUCAUGCGCGUCCACGCCUUCCUCGAGCAGUGGGGGCUCAUCAACUACCAGGUACCCACCGUGCAAUCCUGCACCCCCAACCCCAAACCCCAAACCCCUACACAUCCAACUAACCCCUUCCAGGUCGACCCCCAGGAGCGCCCGUCCAACAUUGGCCCCCCCUUCACCGGCCACUUCCGCGUCACCGUCGACACACCCCGCGGACUGCAGCCCUUCCAGCCAGGCCCCGGCGCAAAGCUCACCGACGGAAAGCAGAGCGCGGCCACGGACCGUGCUGCGAGCGCACAGCCCACGGCAAAGUCGGACACCAAGUCCCUGGCCGGACGCAACAUCUACGAGGCCAACGGCAAGGAGGCGUCCGUUGAGCCGAGGGAAAAGGUUGCCAACGGCGAAGCCGCUGCGAAUGGUGCCUCUGCCGACGUCAAGGAGCUCGAAGCGGCUGCCAAGGAGCCCCUCAAGGUCAUCAACUGCUUCAGCUGCGGUGUCGAGUGCACCCGCGUCCACUUCCACGAGACAAAACCGUCCGAGCAGCCUGGCCAAACCAAGAGCGUGGGUGGUCUGAAGCGCGACCUAUGCCCCAGGUGUUUCGUCGAAGGCAACUUCCCCUCCGGCACAUCCUCGGCCGACUUCACCAAAAUCUGCAACCCAGAGUCCUCGUCUGUCCCCGAGUCGGAGGAGAAGUGGACAGAGGAGGAGACGCUUCUGCUUCUCGAAGGCCUGGAGGAGUUCGACGAAGACUGGAACAGGGUGGCCGACCACGUGGCCACCAAGACGCGCGAGCAGUGCGUGAUGAAGUUUCUGCAGCUCGAGAUCGAGGACAAGUACAUCGAGGCCGAUCUGCCCCAGGGCGACGCCGCCACCCCUUCAGCCAAGUUCCUCCGCGACCUGGACUAUCUCAGCGAAGGCCGCGCGCCCCUGCACCACGCAGACAACCCCAUCCUGAGCGUGGUCAGCUUUCUCGCCGGUUUGGCUCCAGCGAACGUCACAGAAGCCGCCGUUGCCUCGGGUCGCAGCGUGAGCGAGAUGAAGCGCAUCCUGCAGGACAAGAUCAACAAGGCGCCGACAGCGCCCUCGGACAAGGGCAAGGAGAAGGAAGGUGACAAGGCCGCGACCCCUGCGACAGGUGCCUCCGACGUCAAGCCUGAAGGCGACGACGCCAUGGAGGUCGACACCACCCAGGACCUCACAGUAACCAACAGGGACGCCUCGCCAGACAGCAACCCUCUCGUCACACUACCCUUUGCCCUCUCUGCAGCUCGUUCGUCUGCGCUCGCCUCUCACGAAGAACGCCACAUCACCCGCCUCGUCUCGGGCUCGGUCAACCUGCAACUGCAGAAGCUGCAGCUCAAGCUCGCGCACUUCUCCGACUUUGAGAAGCUCCUCUCUGCCGAGCGCCGCGACCUGCAGCGCCGCCGCCAGCAGCUGUUCAUGGACCGUCUGAACUUCCAGCGCCGCGUGCGCGCGCUCGAGGAGGCGACCAAGAAGAUCAGCUCAGGCGUGCAGGGCCAGGGCCUGCCGGGGUCGAUGAGCAACGAGGACGCCAUGACGGCGCUCACCGACGCGAUCCGCAUGUUUGGUGUGGGCAAGGGCGAGGACAGCAUGGGCGUCAAGCGGGACAGCGUGGAUGCAGGCGUGCAGCCAGUAGCAGAGGGCGGAGAAGGCUACGGAAAGCUGGAGAUAUAA